UCCCCCAUAGGUCCCUGUUUCCCUCUGCGACCUGGCGUUAUCCUGAAGGUCCCGCCAACCCUGACAUUUGUAUUACUCAGGUGUAUGUGUGGCCUUGGCAUGGUACAGCAGACCCAGGGAAGAUGAGCAGCGAUGUCUGUGUUCAUUCCUGGCCCUGCUCCUACUACUUGGACCUUGAAAAGCGAUGGGUCCCCGGGAAACUAUCCUUGACGCCUCACUCACUGAAGUUCACGGCUGACAGAGUUGGAGAGGUUCUCAUGGGCUUGCCCCUCUCCAGCGUUGUGGCGAUCAGGAAGGAAGCUUCACACUUUAUCUUCAGUGCUAUCACUAUUCUUGAGCGGGGCCACCUCAAGCACUGGUUCAGCUCCCUGCGGCCCAGCCGCAAUGUUGUCUUCAACAUCAUCGAGCACUUCUGGAGGGAACUGCUGCUGUCCCAGGAAGGCACUGCUGCAGAGGCGUCCCCCUCCACCCUGACCAGGGGGCAGGAGCUGACUGGGUUGAUGUCCAGCUCUCAGAGGCGCCUGGAGGACACAGCCAAGGUCCUACACCACCAGGGCGAGCAGCUGGACAGUGUCAUGAGGGGCCUGGACAAGAUGGAGGCAGACCUGGAUGUGGCCGACAGAUUGCUGACAGAACUAGAGUCCCCAUCCUGGUGGCCAUUUCGCUCCAGUCUUUGGAGGACGCCCGAAGAAGGGAAGCCCAGGGACACUGCCUCGGUUGCUGUUGGUGAGCAGUGUAGAAAGGAAGGGAUCAUGAUCCAGGUCCCCGCAGUGAUCUCCCAAAGAACAGAGUCUCACGCCCAGCCAGGAAGGCUUACUGUCCUGGUGUCUGCCCUGGAAAUCCACGACUCCAGCUCUGUGCUCCUGCACAGGUUCCAGAGGGAAGAUGUGGACGAUAUUAAGGUCCACUCACCCUACGAAGUGAGCAUUUGCCAGCAGUUCAUUGGGAAGCCUGACAUGGCUUACCGCGUGAUAUCUGCCAAGAUGCCAGAGGUCAUCCCCAUUUUAGAAGUGCAGUUCAGUGAGAAGAUUCAGCUGCUGGGAGAUGCUGCAGGGCUCGGGAGCGUAGGAGCCACUUCCUCCGUGGGACGGAGCUGUCCCGUGUGGCCUGCAGCAUCCGGGCUCAUGGGUUGUGCUGCGCACCGCGAGCUGCCCACAGGAGGCCAGGAGGGUAGGCAACAGCAGCUGCAGAGGGCCCAGCCGCUAUUUUCCAAAGAGGAUGCUGGGGAACUGACGCAGAUCCUAAGCAAGCUGAAAGGGCUGGCGCUGGACACCGAGGCAGAGCUGGAGCGGCAGGAUGCGGCCUUGGAUGGCAUCACCACUGCCGUGGACCAUGCCACCCUUACCGUGGACAAGCACAACCGGCGCAUGAAGCGGCUGACCUAGGUUGGCACUGGUGAUGUAGCUCUUGAUGAGGCCUGAGCUGUUCUGUGGCUGCCCAGGGCCCCCGCAUGCCCCAGGGACCCUGCACCCCCAGCCGGAGUGCAGCCCUGCGGCCCCUUCGUGGUGCUGCUCUCGUGUGGCCGUGGCCCCACUCUCCCCUGUCAGUCUGCGUUUGCCCUGUUCCCCAGACACUGGAGGAAGACGGAAGUCUUUGGGAAGCCCUUUAGCAGCACAGCCCCUGCCUGAGUCCUGUGCCUCUUCCUCUAGCAGUUCUCACCUUCUGGGUGUCACUGUGUCCAGCCCAUGACCAGGGCAGCCCACAGCCCCACCCAGCUUUACCCAGGAGUACCUGUGUGCAGUACCUUUCCCAGAAGCACUACUUCUGUCUGCGGCCCCAGUCCACAGGAGCAAAGGCAAGCACAGUGCAGGCUGUGAAGCCACCCCUGCUGUCCUUGCUCCGUGUUCUUUGGGAGGCACUCCAGGGUCCUUGAGGUAGGGGCAGGCCUUCCUCCAGCACAUUCCAAAGGCCUGUGACCACUCAUGGAUUCAGUGGACAGUGACGGGCGUGUGUGUGGCCCGCGUGUGGCAGCCCACACCGGUGUGCAUGUGCUGACCCAAGCCAGCUGAGCUGCAUUACUCCCCCCACAUCUGAGCACGCCAUGGUGUUGGGGCCCUUGGUGCUUCUCUCCCAAUUCUUCCUAGAGCCCCAGUAAAUGUCUCUGAACACUGCCACCCGCUGUGCUGUGGGACAGUAGGCCUUCCUCCUCCUCCACAGCAGCAUCAUGGUACCUGAUGGAUCGCUGCCUCCUCCCUGUCCGCUCUGCCUGACCCAGAGCAGAACGAACUGGUCUUCCUGUGGCUGGCACGUGCCCCUUAGCGGAAGUGCUGCAGGCAUAUCUGUGUAGUUGUUGGGGCUGAGUGACAGUCCAUGGAGCACACGUGCCGUGCCGUCUUCACCCCGUACUGACUGGCUUCACUCCCAGUGGAAGCUGCCCUCGAAGAAACAUUGUGGGGCUGGGGUCCCCAGAGGCUGGGGCAGGCGGGAGGAGCAGGGCAGGAAACGGGACAGAAGCUAGAGUUGGAGGGAAUGGGUUCCAGGGUGACUGCAGCAAGUCACGCAGUGCAUUUCUUUGGAUUAACCAAGAGGGGAUUCAGACGGUUUCCCCAUGAAAAAUGAUCACAAAAGGAAGGGCAGUGCUGGCUCCCUGGCGGGUCGUCGUGCACAGUAGACAUGCUGAAAGCUCGCCCCGCGCUCCGUACCACACAGUCCCCUGUUCUCGCGAGAAGGGCAGGGAGUGGGGAGCCAUGGCCUCCGCAGCAAUAUCCUUUGGACCCCACACCAGUGGGCAGGAGCCCUCUGUCACCUCUGGGAGUGCCAUGAGCACCCAGGAACUUGCUGUGUGCCCAGACUCCCCACAGGUAUGGAGCCACUGCGCCACCCACAAGGAGCCCUGGCCUUCUCAUUGCAGGAUGAGUGAGGCAGGAGCUUUAGGGAGAGCUGUGCUGAUCGGGACAGACUGUGCUCUUGUAGUGUCUUCGUGUGCAGCCAUGGGAACGAAGGAGGCCCUAGCGGACCUUUCUGGCAGGGAGGACAAUGUGAGGCCACAGAACCCUGCAGAUGUGGGCAGGCAAGUUGAGCUGGGGCUGGGGGCACCACCGUUCUCCUGCCAUCAGGGACGCCUGUCUCUUGGAGCCCCUACCUCACCACUGAGGUCACACCGUGUUUGCUGAAGGUAUAGGUUGUGAACCUCAGCACCGGAGUCAUAUGUUGGUGGUGUGAGUUCACUGCGGGCAGCAUCAGUGGCUGUACCAUGAGAGAAAAGCUGGGGCUGGCAGCCUGCGAUAUGGCCUGCAGGGCCUGCACCAUGUAGCAGUGUAACCAACAGGCCCUCACCCAGUGAGAUGCUGUGUUCUUGGACUGCCGGCCUCCAGAACUGCAAGCCCAGUAAAACUUAGAAAUGCCCCA